AUGUCUCAAGCCACCGGCGGCAACCCGUUCGCUCAGAGCAACGACGACCGCGACGUGAACACGACGGUCGCAUACCGCUGCAUGGAGUGCGACACCUCUGUCAAACUGGCCAAGGGCGAUGCCAUCCGCUGCUCGGGCUGUGGGCAUCGCGUGCUCUACAAGGAGCGGACCAAGCGCAUGGUGCAGUUUGAGGCGCGGUGA